UCUAGAUCUAGAUCUAGAAACUAUAGAAUACUAGAGAAUACAGAUAAUCUAGUCAUGAUCUAGUCUAGUCUAUGUCAUGUAGAUCUAGACUAAUACACUCAACACUGUAGAUCUGGAUUCUAGAUCUAGAUACCGAUUCUGUUAGUUUACUUUACAUGAAGCAGUUGUGAAGAUGUCAAAAAGCAAUGUGAUUGAGCUGGAAAAUUAUACAGGACCUGUAACAGCUUUAUUAAUAGUUAAAGAUUGUAUUGUCAGUGGUUGUGGCAAUGAGAUUUCAGUGUAUGAUUUGAGUACCUUUCAUUUACAGUCAAGGAGACAAAUAUUACAUGGGGCAACUGUCCAUGGAAUACGAAAAGGACCAGCACAUACAGAUGGUAGUCUCUUGUGUGUUUUUGGGGGCAAGCAAGCCUGUGUUGUUUUUUUGAAAAAAGAGAAUGAGGACGUCUCUUUGAGUGCCAUCUCUGCCAUCAUACAUGUAGAUGACUGGAUAUGGGACAUCCAGUGGUUAACUGGGGAAAAGGAUGAGACAAGCAACCUAGUGAUUGCUCUAGCCCAUAAUAGUGUGGUCAAGUACCAAUGGAAAACUGGUGAAAUUAUUGAACGCAGAGAAUGUACAGAGAAAUGCAUUCUAUAUACUGCAUGUUUUAUUGGGCAGCGGUGGUCCAAUCUGAUUCUGGCUGCUGGAACAGUUUUUAAUCAAAUAGUUCUUUGGUCAGCUGCAUGUGAAUUAGAACAAAAGUCUCUGAAUCCUAAAACUGUGGAUCCAAUUCUGACAUUAUCUGGGCAUAAGGGUGUUAUUUUUUCAAUACGUUAUCAUUCUCAAUUUCAAAGAAUCUGUUCUGUGUCAGAUGAUCGCAGCAUACGCAUGUGGCAGCUAAAAUUUCCUUCAGGUUCUACUAUGGAGCCCACUAUAGAAGAUUGGGAGUCAGUUCAUAGCACAUUAAUGCUUUCAGUAUUUGGUCAUUCAGCCAGAGUUUGGGAUGUAGCAUUGUUGUCUGCCUGUUUCAUUAGCAUUGCGGAAGAUGCUGUUUGUUUAGUUUGGGAUUACCACGGUAACAUACUCAAGAAAUUCAAAGGUCACAAGGGCAGAAGCAUAUGGAGCCUUGCAGUGAGUGCAGAUGAACAAUUUGUGCUGACAGGUGGUGGUGAUGCCAGUAUAAGACAGUGGAAGAUUGAUCAGUUACAGGAGAAGGAAACAACACAAGCCAUUAUUGAGAUUGGUGAACACUGUAAUGAGAAUGCUGAAGACUUCCCAAGAAGUGUCCAGUUGCUAAAUUUUGACACUAUUCUUAUUAUGAUGAAUUCUGGGCGGCUGUAUUACUACAAAGUCUGUGACCAACAUUUUCAUCUUAUUGCACAUGACACCAAGUUCAGAUCUUACAGUAUAUUGACACCAUGUCCAAAUGAAACAACUGUUGCUAUUGGUACUAUCUCAGGGACAUUAAACAUCAUACAUUUUUUAGAUGAAGAUGAAAUCAUUGCUAGCAAGGAAGACUUGUAUAAGGGUAAAGUUCUGGACGUAGUUUGGUUGGAUCAUCAUCACAUUGUUAUAUCUGGACCUGAUGGUAUUUGUAUAUUGCUGAAAGUAGAAGUUUCCCAAGAUAAAGAUAGUAAUUCACAUAUCACAAUGACAGUCCAGAAAAGAUUGUUUUUACCAGCAGCUAAACAUAGAUGGAUCUCAGCUGCUUGUUUUGUACCAACACAAGCAGAUGUGGAGAGGGAAACUCUUGUUUGUGGAGAUAAAGAUGGAUCAGUUCUGCUGUAUUAUCUGAAUAACAAAAGUAAUGCAGACAUUGUAGAGCCUGACCAAAUGUUUGUCAAAGUCCACGGCAAAGCUGGUACAACUUUUAUUGGCCAUAGAGAUGGUUAUAUUUACUCAGCUGGUAGAGAUGGUUUUUAUAGGCAAUGGCAGAUCCAAGAUGGCAGUUUGGUUCAGCUCCAUGGUUGUAAGGUUGUCAAAGGUUUUGAAUGGAUUGAAAAACUUGAAUGGAAUCAAGAUGACCUUUUAGUCUAUGGAUUUUUGUCAUCACAGUUUGUAGUGUGGAGUGUCAACUACAAUCAGUUGGUCAUGGCAGUCGUAUGUGGUGGGGGUCAUAGGUCAUGGGGCUGCUCUCAUGAAGACGGUGUCAUGAGAUUUGUGUACCUGAAAGCAGGUAGCAUCUACAUGGUGGACAGAGGUCAUCUAUCCAAGCAAACAAUACUACAGCCUGCCUUACAUGGGAGAGAAGUCUGUGAUGUCAAGAUUCUACAUACUAUAGAGAAUGAGUUAUGUGGACUGGCACAUAUAGUCUGUAGUGCUAGUGAAGACAAUACCAUUAAUAUUAUAAUGUUUUCAAAAAAAAGUGGUUACAUUUGCUGGAGCCCUCUGACUACUAUAAAAGGUCAUUUGUCUAGCGUAAGGGCAAUCACUGUCAGUAGUAAAAUCCACCAAACUCAGCUUCCUCAUCAGUGUGAUAAUUCUCAUGGGAAUAAAGAUCAGAAAGAUGACAUUCAUUUUCUCAUAUUCUCUGGUGGAGGUCGUGCAGAGAUACGAGCAUGGAAGCUUAAACUUGUUAGAGCUAGUAAGCCUAAAAGUGAUCAGUUUGUAGAGAUAGAAUCUAAUUCUUACAUGGACAUGAGAAAGAAGGGGCAACAAGAAACUUUCCAAGAAUAUUCCUCAAAGAAUGGAAAAAUGUUUCCAUCCGUGCCUGAUCCUUUUACCUGCUCCUAUGAGCAUCUAUCCACUCAUUUUCUUGGAGAGUCAAGACACAAGCAGCAGUAUUCUUCUUGGAAGACUCGCCGGCUUUGUCUAGACCCAGAGACACGCAUAAUGUCUCUUGCUGCUUCACCUCUGUUGGAUCUAAUAAAUUGUAGUCAGGAAAUAUUAUUGGCCGCAGAAGGCUUCUCAAACUAUCAUGUUCUGUCAGCUGCUGGAUCGGAUGGAAAUUUUAGAGUAUUUCUUUUUGAUGAAAGAUGCACCAAGUUUAAACUCCUGCUCAAGUCUGCUUAUCACCACGGUUGUGUGCUGAAAGUAGUACAUUAUAUUCACAAAAUUAGUGGCUUAAAUAUUUCAUUUGCCUUCUCUGCUUCUACAAAUGGACAAAUUGUAGUUUGGUCACUUGGAGAUCUACUUGACCAUAUGACUUCCCAACUGUUCUCAAGAAGCCCUGUAAGCUCUAAUGUUGGUAUAACCACACAAAGCGAACCAGAAAACUCUGAGAGUUCUGCUGAGGAGGACGAAGAUGGGGAUUAUACUGAUUUCUUGAUUGGCUCUACUGACCAUGUCACAAAGGAAGAGAGGAGUCCAUGCUGUGUUUUCUCAGCUAACCAAUCAGGCAUCAACAGCUUACAUGCUUUACAAAUUUCUGAUUCUAGAUUACUGGUAGCAUCUGGGGGAGAUGAUAAUGCUGUCUGUGUACAUUUGCUUGAACUGGACAAUGGCUCACUCAAGUUGGUAGCAAAAGGCAUUAAACCUGAUGCUCACGCAGCCCAAAUAACAGCAAUUUGGUUAGUUUCUUCCAAUUUAUUAAUUUCUGCCUCCAUUGAUCAGAGAAUAAAUGUAUGGAGCAUACAAUGUACAGAAGAUAAUCUUAUUGAAUUUCAGAUGCUGGCUAGUAAAUAUAUCAAUAUUGCUAAUGUGACCAACAUGGAUGUACAGGUUCACAGGGAUUCUGUGUAUGUGUAUAUUGGAGGAGAAGGUAUUUGUUUGUACAAGAUUCAACUUGAUCCAAUCAAGUCCACAUGUCAGAAGAAUGAUUUACUAAGUGCCACAACUUAAACAUAUUUAAUAAAUAAAUAAAAAAAACAUGACUAUU